AUGAAUGGAAAAGUCAAAUCAAUGAAAGGCCCAGAUGUAGCCUUUACAGCGGAAGGGAAGAAGUCACUCUCAAUCCGAUCUAGCAAGAAAUGCUAUACCAAUAAAGUCAAGCGAGAGAGCUCAUUAAGAAAGAAGGCCAUCUUCCAUCCGCCUUUUUGUUUUAGACAGGGCGAGGCUAGUACGAGACUCCGAACCACGACGGAUCUUAUCUUAGGAAAGAUAAUGGGACGGGAGGCCUAUCUGACCUUUUGUUUGAUUCCAUUUUCCAACCCUUUCUUUAGAACCAACCUGGAAUGCAAACAAGGAAGGAAAGGGCUGAAAUAUCCAUAUCUGAUCCAGCAAAAAAAACCUGACCUUAGUAGUGAUAGAGAUAGCAUAGCUGUAGACAGGGGGAGGGCCCGAAUUACCUUUUCUAUUAGAAUAAGGAAGGGAAUCGCUUUGAUUGCUUGCGACAGCUUAUCGAUGCUCGUUAGCGGUGAAGUCCCUCAAACCAGAAGUUUCAAAAGCGGGCCUACGAGAUAA